UGGAUGCGGGCAGGGACUGGAAGCGGAUGAGUGACUUUAGGAACACGGAUAUUGUGAUAUACUUUUGGAAGAGUUUGAGGAAAUUAGUCUUUACAUCUUUUUGUGGACUUUUUAAAGUUGGUCAAACUUUGUGGGUAGUCUUGUAAAGGAGAAAAAGAAACACGUGAAGCCUCUAAAACGAACUGGGAUUGGCAAAAAAAAAAAAAAAAAAAACUGUUGCAGCGCUGGAACUUGUCAGAUCUUGACAUGACUGGCUGUUUACGACCAUCCCCGAUGAGCUGUUGCUCACUUUGUGGCGCCUCAGUGACUUCAAGUCACCAGCUGUGACAUGAUAUGAAACCAUCAAGGAGUAACGCAGUUUUGACACAUCCUGGUGGAAUUACUACAGAAGCCCAUAUGAAGUUAAGCAUUUUUAAGAUUCAUUCUUCCUGGAAAUGGCAAGUCGUGCCAUAUUGAUGGAGCGGACAGCGGUUUUGAUAUGCAGUGUAUUCAUCCUAAUCAUCGGUCUCUGUGUCGGAUCUCCUAACCACAGCCGUCGGCUGGUCUGCUGGAAAGCCAUCCUCAAGUGCCAUGGAGAGCCGGAGUGCCAUUACGCUUAUGAUCAGUACCUUUAUGCCUGUGCGUCUGUCAUCAGUGGGGAACGCAAGAAGUGUCCCAGUCACUGCAUAUCCUCUCUGAUUCAGCUCAAUAUGACCCAGAGCGGCCCGGCUCUGGAGGACUGCGACUGCGCCCUUGACUCGGUCUGCAGGAGCACCAAACAAGCCAUCGAGCCGUGCCUCCCGCGGACCAGCACCAUGGGCUGCACGGAGGCCCGAGAGCAGUGUGAGAAGGACCUGUCUUGCAGCUCUGCCAUGAGGGAUUAUUUAUUUCACUGCCGAAAACUUUUCGGAGGGGAAAGGUGCUCGGAUGGGUGCCGCAGGGUGAUAGCCAACAUGCGCUCCAUACCGAAAGCGCAACAGCUAGACACUUGUGUGUGCGAUGGCACGGAGAGGAACAUAUGCGAGUACAUCAAAGUCAGCAUGAAAACUUUCUGCUCCGAUUCCACUGACAGGUUCGCGGGAAGCGGGUUUUCAGACUCCGAGGAGGACUCUGAGGACGAUUACAUUGACCAGGAGGAUUAUCAAUAUGUGGAAAACUCAAGUGACUCCACACCCUGUCAGACUGUGCUAAAUGUUCUGACCACCAUUUUGGUUUUAAGCAAAUUUAUCUGAAAAGCUGCUGCCAUCCAGGACAGCUAAAGUCAUAGUGAAGCAACACCACAAAUCAACUCACCUCUCUAGAGUCCUUCUGCUUUUCAUUAAACUAACACUUUGGUUUAUUAAAUCCUACCUAAACUUUCUGCACACAUUCAUAUAUUUCAGGGCAUUUGCUGUUUGUUAAUGGCUCAUGUCAGAAGCAUGCAAAUAACAGUUGACUGUGGAUCAGAUCAAGUAGGUUAUAGCACAUGUAGCCUAUUAGUUAUAUGUCAGUUAUCAUUAUUAGUCACCUGAUAAAUGUUGAAGGAGCCUAUUUUUGUAUGUUGUCUGUAUAAGAGUAAAUUGUACAGUAUAUUGUAUGAAAUACUUGUUUAUGAGAGAUUUGCACUGUAGAGGAAUAGCUGAGUCCCACUGACUCUUUUACUGCUUCACGACCACAGAGGGAGGGAAAAUGUUUUGUGUAAAAAAAAAAGUGCCUAAAAGUCUUUAUGUUGGUUUUAUUGACCAUUAUGUGACCAUAUCAGAGGCAGGCUGUGAAUCCAGAGCGUUUUUUUUUUUGUUUGUUUUUUUUUUACCAGAUGUAGCCUACAGAGAUUUUCACCACAACCCCUUCAUUAAAAACCAAAGUUGAUGUAAGCCACUACAACGUGUCUAAAACCCAGGGCAGAUGGUGCAUCUGAAAGAGUGACACACUUGACCUUGAAAACAUGGUUGUUUGCAUAAGGUAUAAAGUGUUGUAAACAGAUGAGAGGAAGGUGAGCUCCUCCUCUUCCUCCUCUUCCUCCUCCUCCUCCUCCUGUUGGGGAUGUGCAGAACAAAUGGAGCCAAGAAGCGUUCGGUCAGUUUCUUUCUCUUCACCCCAUGUUUGUUAGAAAUCGUCACAAAGACACGCUGUGAGAGAGAAAAGACGCCUUAUCAACACACUCCCCUGAAUGUACAUGCACAUUGAAUAAAUAAGAGUUUUAAAAUUA